CGUUUGGAUUGUGAUUGUUAACCCUGAAGGCACUGUGGGAAAAAGACGGGGAAGUUUAUUACCGGAACACUUUAUUUUUAAUACAAACCAAAUAAACCAAAAAGAAAGGAGAGUGCUUUUCAUUUUUCUUCUGGUUUCUCAACACCUUGAGGGAAAAGAUGGAUUCAUAUUUAUGGUUGUGUGGAUGUAUUCUGCCGCUUCUUUUGCCUUCAGCAGUAAAAGCUGACGACGGAGCCUCUGAGCCAUGCGGCGGAAACUUAGAUGCCACAUUUGCCGGCUACAUCACCACCCCUGGCUACCCGCAGGAGUAUCCACCCCACCAGAACUGCCACUGGGUUAUCACAGCCCCGGAGCCAUCGCAGCGCAUCGUCCUCAACUUCAACCCACACUUUGAAAUGGAGAAGCUGGACUGCAGGUAUGACUAUGUAGAGAUCCAUGAUGGGAACUCGGAGUCAGCCGACCUCCUGGGAAAGCACUGCAGCAACAUUGCCCCUGCACCAAUCAUAUCGUCUGGCCCAUCUCUUCACAUCAAGUUUGUGUCGGACUACGCCCAGCAGGGGGCGGGUUUCUCACUGCGCUAUGAAAUACACAAAACAGGCUCAGAUUGUUCUCGUAAUUUCACAAGUCCCUCAGGCCUCAUUGAGUCCCCGGGCUACCCCGACAAAUACCCCCAUAACCUGGAGUGCUCUUUCAUUAUCAUCGUGCCACCCAGCAUGGAUGUCACCCUCACCUUCCUCACCUUUGACCUGGAGAACGAUCCCCUGCCAGGGAGCGACGGAGACUGCAAGUACGACUGGCUGGAAGUGUGGGAUGGACUUCCAGCAGUGGGCCCUCUGAUUGGCCGAUACUGUGGGACCAGAGUACCUCCUGAAAUCCAGUCAUCCACUGGGAUCCUCUCGCUGGCUUUCCACACUGACAUGGCUGUGGCUAAAGAUGGCUUCUCCGCUCGAUACAACAUGACGCACAAGGAAGUCAGCGAGACUUUCCACUGCAGCAAUGCCUUAGGAAUGGAGUCAGGAAAGAUCACAGACGAGCAGAUCAUGGCUUCUUCAAGUUUCCAUGAUGGAAACUGGCUGCCGCGUCAAGCCCGACUCAAUUAUAGAGAAAAUGGGUGGACGCCUGCUGAAGACAACAACAGGGAGUACAUACAGGUGGACCUCCAUACUCUAAAGGUCCUCACAGGGAUCGCCACUCAGGGCGCCAUCUCGAAGGAAACUAAGAAUAUUUAUUACGUUUCCUCCUUCAAGCUGGAAGUGAGUACUAAUGGAGAAGACUGGAUGAUCUACAGGCACGGCAAGAAUCACAAGGUUUUCCAUGCCAACACAGACGCCACAGACGUGGUUCUUAACCGAAUCCCUCAGCCGGUCUUGACACGCUUCAUUCGAAUCAGACCUCAGGCUUGGAAGAAUGGCAUCGCACUGCGGUUCGAGCUCUACGGCUGUCAGAUUACAGAUGCUCCCUGCUCAGAGCUGCAGGGCAUGCUGUCUGGGCUUCUCCCUGACUCUCAGAUCUCGGCAUCCUCCAUGAGGGACAUCCACGGAUCAAUGGGGGCAGCCAGACUGGUCGCCAGCCGGUCGGGUUGGUUUCCGAACCCGACACAACCCAUAGCUGGAGAGGAGUGGCUACAGGUGGAUCUAGGUGUGCCCAAGACGGUUCGAGGCAUAAUAACUCAGGGGGCAAGAGGCCUGGAGGGCAGCACAAGCUCUGACAACAGAGCUUUUGUGAGAAAGUACAAGCUAGCUCACAGCUUGAAUGGCAAAGACUGGAGCUACAUCAUUGACAGCAAAACUGGCUUUGCUAAGAUUUUUGAAGGGAACAGCCACUACGAUACCCCAGAAGUUCGGCGGUUUGACGAGAUUGUUGCACAGCACAUCAGAGUUUUUCCGGAGCGAUGGUCACCUGCUGGGAUCGGCAUGAGGGUGGAGGUUCUCGGAUGUGACCUGCCGGAAAUCACCACGGUUACGGUGAGCACCACCACGCCCCGACUGGAGGAGACGACUCCUACGAUGAGAUCGGCCACGACGCCAUCCCUGUCGGCCGUGUGUGACUUUGAGAAGAGUUUGUGCGGCUGGUCGGCCGAUCCGCACUCAGGGGUGAGCUGGACCCUGCACGGCGCCAGCGGCGGCUCAAAUGGACAUAACACUCAUGGGACAUGGCAGGACCUGUCGCUGGGAUCAGACAAUUUUUCAGGGAACUACCUCCACCUGGAUGCAGGCAGCCACACCCAGCGCAAGAAGGCCAGACUGCUGAGCCCCGAAGUAGGGCCAGAACGAGGUUCUCUCUGCCUUCUCUUCUACUACCAGCUCCAGGGGGAGGCGCAGGGGACUCUACGGGUCCUGCUGAGGGACAGCGAACAGGUGGAGACCCUCCUAUGGGCACUAAAAGGCGAGCAGGGGCCACACUGGAGAGAGGGCCGGACCGUCCUUCCCGAAAGUCCCAGAGAGUAUCAGGUGGUGUUUGAAGGGUUUUUUGAUCACCCAACUAGAGGCCACAUCAGGAUAGACAACAUCCACAUGAGCAACAACAUCGAACUGGGGCAGUGUGCACAGCCCCUCCCUGCUUUAACUUCAGGCAUUCCUAAUCAGAAGCCUAAAGAUUCCGGAAACGAUCCUGUUUUCAAUCACAAGCAGCACAUCAAUGAAGAUUUUGACUUCACUGGCUGGCCGUCGUCCUUCUCCACCCCGUCCUCCGACAUGGACCCAUCCUCAGUGACGCUGGUGUCGGAGAAGGACAAGGACAACGCCUGGCUGUACACGCUGGACCCCAUCCUCCUCACCAUCAUCGUGAUGAGCUCGCUGGGCGUCCUGCUGGGAGCCGUUUGCGCCGGCCUGCUCCUGUACUGCACGUGCUCGUACAGCGGGCUCUCCUCGCGCUCCUCCACGACGCUGGAGAACUACAACUUUGAGCUGUACGACGGGAUCAAGCACAAAGUGAAGAUAAACCAGCAGAGGUGCUGCUCAGAGGCAUGAGGAAUGACGGACAUCCCCUGAAGAUUUUCCUUCCUUCUUAUUUGGACAGAGACAUGAAAAAGAAGCCCUAUCUGAAAUUUCAACCCUCGUCCCUGCCUGAAAUCUUGCUACUCCUUAGCUCUGAUGUCAAACGGGGGUAGCACUGAACUCUCUAUGUGCUGGCGGUGGGGGGUCUAGAGCGAAGGAACGUCUGAUCCCUGAUUCCCCUUAAGCAACUGAGUCCCUUUUCUCCUCUGCCUGCAGGAGAAACCUGCUCGAUUCUAAAAGCCUGUGAAUGAAUGAUUGAAUGAAGGAAUGAAAUAAAAGAAUAUAAAUGACUGAAGUACCAUAAGAUACAUCCCACCAACCACUGGAAUGAAGUGGACUUCAGCACCCGUGACAAUCUGGACAUUUAGACGUCUAAUGGCAGCACAGUCCGGGGUGUUCUAGUUACGAAUUUCUGAACGGUACUUUGCAGAACUUUAGAUGUUUUUCCUCAUCUUCCAAAAGAAGAUGGGUUGAAAAAAUCUAAGUGUUUGCAUCCGAUUGCUUGUGAAGACUUCUCCAGUGGUCCGUUUUAAUCUGGGUACUUUUGACUCAAAUCAACACAUAUCAAGUGAAUGCCUACCAUUCUAAAUAGCUUAAAAAGGAAACGACGUAAAAAAAAAUCUAGACCUUUUUUUUUCCAGUGAAAAAGGAAAAGGAGACAAAUAUUUUCUUUCCCUUUCGUUUUGUUUCUGAAAGUUUCUGGUAUGAGUUCUGUGAGUUUUAAACGUCAAUAAGCCUGCCAUGCGGCGCCCGCUAGCUCCUUUGUCCGCCUUCGGUCUGCGCUUUGUGAAACCAGUGGCAUAGAGAAGUAAUGGUGACUGUUUUUGUUCUGUUUUAGACUUGUGUCCACUUGGAUGAAAAAAAAAGGUGAAGAAAAAGCGAGCUUCAGUUCAUAGCAGCCCUGUAGAGCUUUUUAUGCCAUUUUUAGACCUUUCUUUUAGAGUUUUGUUGAACUCCAUGGUCUUAGCUGUUACUUUAGUCCUUUUUCUAUUUUACUUUUCCCAUUACAGAUUAUCAGUCUAAGAGUAGGGAAAAGUUAUACUCAAGACAGAAAAUCAGAGUUUUAUCAAAAAAAAACAAACAAAUCUAACAUGCUGUUAUGGAGUUGUGCUUUAGAUUCAGUAUUCUAGAGUUUUUGGUUUUUUGGUAUAUAUAUAUCUAUAUUUUUUUGCUUUUCAGACUGUAUGAUGCCCAAAUGAUGGACAGACACUGUGUAAACAAAAUGUCAGUAAUUAUUUUAUUGCAACCUAUGGAUUGCCAAAGAGCUGUGUAUGUGCUCAGUGGGUCUGAACAAGUGUUAAAUGUGGCUGGGCGGACUGGGAGUGAUGAAACGACAUGAUGUUGUAGCAUCGCUCUCAAUUCUAAGAAGCCUGUUUGGGGGCAAAAAUGCAGAAAGAUGACUGAAGAUAAGGAUUGGGAAUCAUACCGUUGACUUCUUUAGACACACAAUGGAGCCUUAAGCAAAUUACAGUAUACGCUGUAUUGGAGGACAGCCAUUACGGAGGGCCAGUGCUGCUGGAGAGACUGAUGCUUCAAAUGAGACACACACUCACAUCUACACACACAUGCAAAUAUCUACGCUCCUCUGUUUUCAGGACUUUACGUAAUCCUCAGGCCCACACCUCAACUUUAAAGGUGGAGUUUGGUUUGUUUGAUGUUAUGCAGAGUAGGUCUGAGCUGCGAGUAUCUUACCUGCAGCAGGAACCUCAGUUUGGAGAACCAAAAAGAAAUCACAUUUUUCUUUUUCCAGGAACAUCUUGUUUUUAUUGCAGUUUCCCAAUGUCUACAUGUUGAACCUAAAUAACUUGAAAUUAUUACUAAAACAUAUUUGAGAGUUUUCCCUAAAUCAAAAAAUACUGUAAUAAUUCCAAAUGAGAACUAAACCCCUCAGCUAAAAUUCACUUUGUUUGUUAUUUGACUCUAUUUUUAUUUUCUAUGUUCUAUUCUUGAAGUAUUAGUCGUUUUGUAAGUGACUAUUUUGGGGUACAACAUGAUACAAGUACACAUUUUUUACCAGCUAUCCAUCAAUUUCUACCACUAGUUGUUUGAAAGCGUAUUUCUGUAAUCUAAUCUUAGUCUAUUGUAAGGAAAUGUGGCAACGUAACUACAAAAAUAUUGUCACCCCUGCUCAUAUCAGUCAUUUUAAUUUGAUCUUGGGUCAUAAUCGGCUAGAUUUUAUAAGGAAACAUCAAAUUCAGUACAAAGUUUUCACUGAAUGAUACGCAAAUCACAUUAGAUUUGAGCUUUUUCAAAUAAUUCAUAAAAAUGCAAAGGUACAAAGAAGAAUAUAUAGAUUUACCAUGGUUUGACAAUGGAAGUGGAUUUUGUUUGUGUAUCUGGGCAGUUGUAAUAUUUUCAAUGCAAUCGUAAUAUUGUGUGCCCAUUAGCCAUUAUUGAACAUGUCGUGAUUGAGAACAUUUUUAAAAAGUAAAACUGUUCAAACUGUUGAAAAAGUGCUUGAUAGUUUUUUGGCUUUAGUUGUUUCAUAUAUGGACAAUUUCCUUUUAAAGUGGAACUUUAGCUAGCUUAGCUCUCCUUCAUCUCUGAUUCUCCAAACUGAGAUUACUCUGACUGCUUUCUAAUGCAAAUAAAACUCCACUAUUACUCUACACAAUCCCACUUAAAACACACAAAUCAUGUUUUUAUCAUAAACUAAAGAUCAAAUCCUAAACUUAUCUGUUUAAAUUUCUAUGUCUAGUAUUUUGAUUCCCAUGUUUCACAUCUUACAAUUUAUUUCAGUUCUGAUACCUGACAAAUAAAAGCUCAACAAAAGACACAGAGGAGGUCAGAAAGAAAGUAACUUAAGGCAAUGGUUAUGUUUACUUGUCAGAAAAAAAAUCAAAAUAGGUCCAGACUUUAAUCAGUAGGAAAAAUUAGACUUAAACACAUAGGCAUAGUAAGUUUUCAGACUCAUUUUCUAAUUUUAUUAAGAAGAGCACAUAAAAAAAUCAGAGCUAAAUGAAAAUGUUACAGUUUUUCUUGUGGCCUUGUGUUGUUGAGCUGGUGGCAGAAAAUUCAGAUGAGGUGCCUUUAAUGCUUCACAUAGUAUAAAAUAUCAACAAAAUAUUUACAGUGAAAAAUAAUCACAUUUGUCCUGUGUCAUUUAUAAUGUUUUAAAAGGUUUGUGCAAAUCAUGAAGGAUAGCGAAGAAUGCUGUGCAGCUAGUCUGAGUUUCCAAGGUUGGUGUUGACUGAUUUUCAUAAAGCGCUAAUCAUAAGCAUUGGUUCUGCUAACAUGCUAUACCAACAUUAGCAGAAGCUAAUGCUAAAGCACUAGUUAAACUUAUGUUUAUACCCAACAUGUGUUGCAACAUGUAGUAUAUCGCCCUAAGCAGGGUCACAUUUGUUAUUUCACACCCACAUGUAUGGUUGCGUUUCAGGAAGUGAUUCUUUCAAACACCGUUUAUUUCAGUCUUAUAGUUGUUGAGUAUUGCUAAUUUUGUGCUGAUUUAGCCUAAUUGUCCAUUUCUGGCUUCAGUCGGCAGAUUUUAAAUUGUUUGCCAGUUUUACAGCGAUGCGUUCCGGGUACAGAAUAAUCAUCAUUUGCUUCACCGCAACAAAAGAUGGGCGGGAAACGUGAGGCGAGGAAAUUCCUUGAACUGUACGCAUAAACAGUCUUAAAACACUUCAAAAUAAGAGCAUGAACAUAUACAUAUCUAACUACUUGGAGAGUUUUCAACAGUCGACACCCAAAACUUCAACACAGAUGUUAAACUCAAAGUUAAAGAAACCGCCAAGUACAUUAGCACUUUAGAAUUUAUCUGGAAAAAUAAUUAAUAGGAAACUAAGUGCGCUUAACAUUUUCAAAGUUAGCAAAAACACUAAGGGGCUAAACAAAAGAUUAGCUCUGCUGUUAGCGCUGAUCUGCUGAUUAGAAGUAAAAGUAUUUAUGACCAGAUGACUAAAAAUAAGAAACACCCUGUUGGAAAACCCUUCAAAUCCACAAAAUACAUUGAACUAUUGAACUUAAGAGAUGUGAAUACUAUUUUUUUCUCUUAUUGUAUUUAAAGCACUGAAUGGACAUUUUUUUAGGGAUUUCUAAAGCAACAGAAAAUGAGAAUCCAUGAAAGUUAAAAAAAUACAUCUUGCCAGAAAACAGGGCAUGUUAUUCACAUUCUAUUUAUUAAAACUUGGUCCUCUGAAGAAAUACUAGGCUGGUGGUGGUGAGGAGUGACAACGUCAUCUUCAGAAUCAGACACAGACCUCUCCCUGUUUUUCACUCUCUAUGUUCACGUUUCACUCUGCUGGAUGAUCAGAUUUUGUCAAGUCCUUCUGAGUCUCUGUUCCCUGUGAAUCCGAUAGGAUUUGGGUCACACUUGUCAGAAAAGUGGAAGUAAAGGAGAGAAACGAGUUGCAUCUUUGCCUGGAGCCCAUUUCGAUUUCCUCUUUCGUCUCUCGACUGUCAUAGGCAUGCGUUAAUGUAGCCAUAAAAUGCACACAGAGAGUAAACGCAUCAUCUUUGUUAAAUGAUUGCCAAAAAGAGAGAGAGAGAGAGAAUAAGGAAACAAAAGAAAGAGAUGAAGAAAUUUCUCUCCAUUAUUUUCUAUUAUUAUUAUUAUUUGGACUGUUUUCCAAGUGCCUUGGAGCUUUCUAUCUUUUUUGAUCUCUGACUCUUUCUCUUUCCCUACUGAUGUCUCACUCCGACUCUUCUCUUACACACAAUGCAACCAAAACAUCAAUGAGUGAGCAGUGAGCACAUGUGCAAGGUUAACCUGUUCUGUCUCCCGCUUGGCUUUGCUUCAUUUCCCUCUGAACACCCAGAUAGUAUUACCUCUUCUGUCUUUGAAGGCUACACACAGGCACACAUAUUGACUUAUGCACAACUGACUGACACAAACACAGUACAUUAUGACACACCGACGGCACUGGCCAGAAAACUCAAACUGUUGUUUGUAGACUUUGUACAGAAGAAUUUCUUUUUUUAAUGUUAUUAUUAUUUAAUAAAGGCUAAAUAACAAGUAA